AUGCGCCUUCGUUCAGGGUUAGAGGUUGCCCAUACAGCAACAUCGUCCGCACAGCAUCGCGAGUCAAGAAAAAGGCCACAUGGCCCAAACUUUACUGGGCCACAAAUAUUCAAGAAGCCUAAGGUGGACCGCAGAGGUUCCCGCCCGAAAAUCUCCUGGGGCGACCUACCUGCGGAAUUGCGGCUUCUGAUACUAGAAGAGGUGGGAAAGCUGGAGCACCAGAAGCACGAACUAGCAAGCUAUGCCACUGUCAGCCGAGAGUGGCAGUACUUUUUUGAGCGAAAAAACUUUGAGUAUCUCGCCAUAUCCCAGCACGACGUCUCCAAGUUUGGCAAGAUCGUGCAGAAACAACGGAGAUCGCUCGUAAGAUGGAUUUGGUUGCGACUGAGGAUCCCCCGGUAUAACUGCGAGCGCUGUGACAAGCCGGAGUCAUUAGAAGAAAUCCAAAGGAAUAACGCCAUGUUCAUCAAGGCUAUCCGUGGCCUCUUUGGCAUUUUGUCCACUUGGGAAAGCAAAGGACCGUAUGCCGCCAGUGAAAAGGGCGUUACACUGGAAUUGAGCGCCCAUUCUGAAAGCGACGGGAAACACUAUUUUUUGGGUAUCGACAGCCGGAUCCACGACAAUGGACGGAGUGGAAAGACGCUUAGUUUCAAAAAACCACCCCACAGCCAGACUCAUGGCUGGAUAAAAGGACAAAGAGUUAAAGAACCACCAGAGGGUGCCGUGGACAGGAUCUUUGGACCAAUUUGUGGCUUAUUUCUGGCUGUAUAUCAUGGGGAGUUGCUUCCAAUAUUGCCGAAAGUCAAGGUGAUCCAGUCUCUUGUGAUCCGUCGCCAGUUCUAUCGGGCGUUCUCAAUCACGGAUGCUCUGAACCUCAUUAUUCAAUGCUUAACCCAGCUUGAGAGCUUCACAUACGAGCCGUGGAGUGAAAUGAGCCGUACUAUCAGGGACGAAAAUGGUGAUUUAGAACUACAAAACAAUAUCGACAUCCUCGAUAUUCUCAAUCAUGCGGAGAGUUUAAGAAGAGUAACGAUUUGGCAAGACUGCAACUAUGAGCGCCUCCAUUGGAUAUGGCAUGAUUCCGAGGUGUGGCCGGACAGUAGCACUCUGAGUGAAUAUUUCAUUAGGAGUAGCCAGCGGCUUGAUGGACUACACCUUUCAAAUUACAUCGACGCGAUGUACCUUUUUGCUCCCUUCCGUCCUGGAAUCUGCCCAAGCGAAAAGAAGGGAAUAUAUUGGAAAAACUUGAAGUACCUGUCCCUUACUUCUAGCACCCUCAACCCCAGAACUUACCACCUCGUUAAUUGGGCCGCAGCAGGGGCAGCACAAGUGAUGCCACAGCUCCAAGUUAUGGAGAUACGGACUCAUACACGCACUGAAGCAUGCAUACUCCGGUAUGAACGACGAGCAUACCGACCGAGAGUUCAGUUCAUGAGUACAUGGAAUGGGUUCCUAUCUACGGGAGAGAAAAAAGUGGGAAAUCGUAGCACUUCAGUAUGGCAGCACUCAUGGGCUUGA